AAAAGAAGAGCCGCAAAACCCCGCAAAACCCUUUUACCGCAUUUUUGUUUCACUUCACUUCUCCACUACAUGAAACCAAAUUAUCAAUCGCAUUAACACUUUGUGUUCCACAGAAGGAUGCCCUGCUCAUCCUUUUUCAUGUCUCUAAGACCCACUUCUUCCCCCUUCUAUAUAUCCCCAAAAACCCUAUUAAAACCCUCUCUCUUUUCCCUUCUUGUUUCCAAAAACCAAUGCCUCUCCUUCAGGUCUAUACCUCCCUUGAGGAGGCAUGCGGUCCUCAGCUGCUCGGGGGCUGCCACUAGAACCCGUAGGUUGAAUUGGAAGAACGUUUCGUGGCCGUAUUUGGAGCAGCAGACCUCUAAUUAUGGCCGGUUUGCCUACCAGGACGUUUCCGGCGAUGAUUCCGAUCGUGAAUUCGGCUCAAACCAGCAACAAAUGUGUGGUUCAACCCUUGAUAAUAUUGAUGAUUGGAGAUGGAAGCUAACCAUGCUUCUUCGCAACAAAGAUGAGCAAGAGGUUGUGUCAAGGGAAAAAAAGGACAGACGCGACUUUGAGCAACUUUCAGCUCUGGCUACCAGAAUGGGUUUGCAUAGUCGUCAAUAUGCAAAAGUAGUAGUCUUUAGUAAAGUCCCACUGCCGAAUUACAGAUCCGAUCUAGAUGAUAAGCGUCCACAGAGAGAGGUUAUCUUACCAUUUGGACUGUUAAGAGAAGUAGAUGAUCAUCUCAAAGCUUAUGGACAACUCAAAUAUAGAAAUGGGGGAUUUUUGUCAGGUAACUCUUUGUCAAAAUCAGGUAGUAGUGGAAGUAUUGCUACUGAUGAAGGACUUUACGAGCAGCGGUUCCCACUUGCAAAGAAUAGUGUUGCAAUGGAGAGAAUUCUCCGGCGGCGAAGUUUGCAGCUGCGUGAAAAGCAGCAAGAUUGGCAGGAAUCUCCUGAAGGUCAAAAGAUGCUUGAAUUUCGUAGAAGUCUUCCUGCACAUAAGGAGAGGGAAGCAUUAUUAAAUGCCAUUGCACAGAAUCAGGUGGUUGUUGUCUCGGGUGAAACUGGCUGUGGUAAAACCACCCAGCUUCCUCAGUACAUAUUAGAAUCGGAAAUUGAAGCUGCUCGUGGAGCAGCCUGCAGUAUCAUAUGUACUCAGCCUAGAAGAAUAUCUGCCAUUGCUGUUUCUGAGAGAGUUGCUGCAGAACGAGGAGAGAAAAUUGGAGAAUCUGUUGGGUAUAAAGUUCGGCUAGAGGGAAUCAAAGGGAGGGACACACGCCUUCUGUUUUGCACAACUGGAAUACUAUUGAGGAGAUUACUUCUUGACAGAAAUUUGGAAGGUGUAACUCAUGUUAUUGUUGAUGAGAUUCAUGAACGUGGAAUGAAUGAAGAUUUUCUCCUUAUUGUCUUGAAAGAUCUCCUUCCUCGUCGACCAGAAUUGAGGUUGAUUCUGAUGAGUGCAACCCUAAAUGCUGAGCUUUUUUCUUCCUACUUUGCUGGUGCUCCAAUGCUACAUAUCCCGGGUUUUACAUAUCCAGUUCGAGCAUAUUUUCUGGAACAGAUUCUGGAAAAGACUGGAUAUCGGUUGACCUCUUAUAAUCAAAUUGAUGAUUAUGGUCAAGAAAAGUCAUGGAAAAUGCAAAAACAAGCUCAAGCUCUGAGAAAGAGGAAGAGUCAGAUUGUUGCAGCUGUUGAGGAUGCACUUGAAGCUGCUGACUUUAGAGAUUAUAGCUUACGCACUCAAGAGUCUUUAUCCUGUUGGAAUCCUGACUCAAUUGGAUUUAACCUCAUUGAGCAUGUACUUUGCCACAUUGCAAAGAACGAGAGACCUGGUGCAGUUUUGGUUUUUAUGACUGGUUGGGAUGACAUAAACUCAUUGAAGGAUCAGCUCCAAACUCAUCCUCUUUUGGGGGAUCCUAGCAGGGUUUUGUUGCUUGCAUGCCAUGGUUCCAUGGCCAGCUCUGAACAGAGGUUAAUAUUUGAUAAGCCCGAAGGUGGAGUAAGGAAAAUAGUUCUAGCUACUAACAUGGCUGAAACUAGUAUCACUAUUAAUGAUGCGGUUUUUGUGGUUGAUUGUGGGAAGGCGAAAGAGGCAUCUUAUGAUGCACUAAAUAACACUCCUUGUUUGCUUACAUCUUGGAUUUCAAAGGCUUCUGCCCGACAAAGAAGAGGAAGAGCUGGUCGUGUUCAGCCUGGUGAGUGUUAUCAUCUUUAUCCCAGAUGUGUGUAUGAUGCUUUUGCUGAUUAUCAGUUGCCAGAACUUUUAAGGACUCCGUUGCAGUCCUUGUGUUUGCAAAUCAAAAGUUUACAGCUUGGAAGUAUAUCUGAAUUCCUCUCUAGAGCCUUGCAGCCACCUGAACCUUUAUCGGUAAAAAAUGCUGUUGAUUAUUUAAAGAUCAUUGGGGCUUUAGAUGAGAAUGAAAAUCUAACAGUGCUAGGACGCAACUUGUCAAUGCUUCCAGUAGAGCCGAAACUUGGAAAAAUGCUGAUAUUAGGGGCUAUUUUCAACUGUCUGGAUCCCAUAAUGACUGUUGUUGCUGGUCUUAGUGUUCGAGAUCCUUUCUUGAUGCCGUUUGACAAGAAGGAUCUUGCAGAGUCAGCAAAAGCUCAGUUUUCUUCUCAUGACUAUAGUGACCAUCUUGCACUUGUACGAGCCUAUGAUGGUUGGAAAGAUGCUGAAAGGCAGCAAUCUGGUUAUGAGUACUGUUGGAAAAACUUUCUUUCUGCACAAACUCUGAAAGCCAUUGACUCUCUACGUAAGCAGUUCUUUUAUUUGAUCAAGGAUACUGGUCUGGUAGGAUGCAAUACAGAGAACUGCAAUAAAUGGAGUCAUGAUGAGCACCUUGUUCGGGCAGUCAUCUGUGCGGGUUUGUUCCCUGGAAUAUGCUCUGUUAUGAACAAAGAAAAGUCUAUAACACUAAAAACAAUGGAGGAUGGUCAGGUGCUUCUGUACUCGAAUUCUGUGAAUGCUGGAGUACCCAAAAUUCCCUACCCAUGGCUAGUUUUCAAUGAAAAGGUUAAAGUGAAUUCAGUUUUUCUCCGGGAUUCAACUGGUAUAUCUGAUUCUGUGCUUCUCAUGUUUGGAGGGAGCAUUUCCAGUGGUGGACUGGAUGGACACCUGAAAAUGUUUGGAGGAUACUUGGAUUUUUUCAUGAAACCAGCAUUAGCGUAUAUGUAUUUGAGUUUAAAACGAGAGAUCGAUGAACUAGUUCAGAAGAAACUUCUGAAUCCUGAGAUGGACAUGCAAGUAUACAAUGAACUUUUAAUGGCAGUCAGAUUGCUGGUGUCAGAAGACAAAUGUGAGGGCAGAUUUAUUUUUGGUCGUCAGGUGCCAGCACCCUCAAAGGAGGCAGCAAAAGUGAUGCUUCCAGGUAUGGUCUCAAAAGGAGGAGAUGAUAAUUCCAAGGGUGAGCUGCAAACGUUGCUUGCCAGGGCAGGACAUGGAGCUCCAACCUACAAGACAAAUCGGCUGAAAAACAACCAGUUCCGUUCUACUGUGAUGUUUAAUGGGUUGGAUUUUGUGGGGAAACCUUCCAGCAGUAAGAGACAUGCUGAAAAGGAUGCAGCUGCUGAGGCUCUGCUAUGGUUGAAAGGCGAGAGUCAUUCUUCUGCAAGAGAUCUGGACCAUGUCUCAGUGCUUCUGAAUAAUAGCAAAAGCAAAAGUAAAAAGAGAACUUAAUUCUUGGUGCUAAUGGGAGUUAAGCCGACAUAAAAGACAAAGGGUGGUACUACAUCCUUAUCUUUUACUGAGUACUGAAGCUCCUUGUUGAAGUUGCAUGUUUCGAUGGCAUUUUGGGAUUCGGGCAGCUGUGGAAUUAAGGUUGGAAGAGGAACCGCAGUUCACAAAAUCAGGGCAGUCGCUACUGAACUUUUGGACCCUGUUUUAGUAAAAGGGUUAAAAUAGUUCUUUGGAGGCAAAAACUGGAGAUUCCAACUUACAUAACUGAAUAUACAGAAACUGAAUGGGCUUGGCACAAAGUUCUGCCUGUUGCAACAGGUGGCAACUCUCACUUUUGUAUCUAUUGGUUUCAGUAGGUUGGAUAUUGACGAUAUAAUUCUUAUAGAAGAUAUGAUUUAGCUAAACAGCUAUAGAAUUUGUAUCUGUAAGUUGAAGAGCAUACAUUGGAAGGUCAUCCAAAGUGUAUAAGUUAUGUAUCAUAGGUUCAUGCUCAUACUUAUUUUCAAAAGCAAUCGGUUUUGGAUUGUCAUAGACAACAGGGACUGGGACAAUGUUCUAUGUAUUCUAUACUUGUACAUAAUAUUUUUCUCGGAUUCCCUGUUCAAUUGCUUCAAAUUUGAUUUGAA